AUGGGUAUUUAAUGCUCAUCUUAGAAAACUGCUAAAUACUAAAACACUAAAUAAUUUGAUUAAAUCAAAAAUACUAAUAAAGGAAGGGCUGCGUAAAAGACAAAAAACUGCAAAUCAAAAGAUAUUUUUAUUGCAGAUGAUUUAUCUUAUAUAUUAAGAAGAUUAGAUUAGCUACAUAAAUCUCCAAAUAAAAAUAAAAAAGGGUCGUCAAUUUCAAGUUUAUUCGAAAAGUAACAAUAGCUUUUAGAAUGGAAGCUAGAAUGUGAUAUAGCAUUUAUAAUAGAUUUAACAAUGAAAGAAAAUAAAAAAAGAUUACGACUUUUAAAAGAAUUGUUAUAAGAGAAGGAAAGACAUUAAUAGAGAUUUGGUAUUGUUUACUUUGGGCAUAAUAAGGCUUAAUUUGACUUAAUAGAUGAUUCUAUUGAAACUACUUAUGAUUUAUAAAAAUAACUUUUAACAUUAAAGUUAGAUGAGUGGAUUAAUAUUAUUAAGUCAUUGAGAACUUAAAUAAUUAGUUCAAAAGAAAAUAAUUUGCCAUAAGUAUAUAUACUAAGCGAAUAAAAAUAAGAAAACAUAGAUGAAUCAAUCUUGGAAAUUGUUGAUAAUCUCUUAGAAGACACUUGUUCUAAAAAUUCUUUAUCAUUUCAAUGUCAUAGUUAUAAAAUCGAAGAAUGUUAAUCUUUAAAUUAUUUGGAAUUAUCAUUUUAAUAAUAGGGGUGA